AUGACCACUCUAUUCAUCACAAUCCUUCUCGCUACUUUCAUCUUUCUCCUUGUCCUCCUCUUCUCUCUCCGCCGCAACCACCGUCUCCCACCAGGCCCAAACCCAUGGCCCAUCAUCGGAAACCUCCCUCACAUGGGACAUAAACCCCAUCAAACCCUAGCCGCCAUGGUAACCACAUACGGCCCAAUCCUCUACCUGCGCUUAGGGUUCGCCGACGUCGUGGUCGCUGCCUCUAAAUCCGUGGCCGAACAGUUCUUGAAAAUCCACGAUGCCAAUUUCGCUAGCCGACCACCUAACUCCGGAGCCAAACACAUGGCGUAUAACUAUCAAGAUCUUGUCUUUGCGCCUUACGGACAACGAUGGAGAAUGUUGAGGAAGAUUAGUUCUGUUCAUCUAUUUUCUGCUAAAGCCCUUGAAGAUUUCAAACAUGUUCGACAGGAAGAGGUUGGAACGCUCAUGCGCGAGCUAUCGCGUGCUGGCACGAAGCCCGUGAACUUAGGCCAGUUGGUGAACAUGUGUGUAAUCAACGCGCUUGGAAGAGAGAUGAUCGGACGGCGAUUGUUCGGUGCCGGAGCCGAUCACAAAGCUGAGGAGUUUCGAUCGAUGGUGACGGAGAUGAUGUCUCUCGCCGGAGUAUUCAACAUCGGAGAUUUCGUGCCGGCACUUGAUUGUUUAGAUUUACAAGGCGUCGCUGGUAAAAUGAAACGGCUACACAAGAGAUUCGACGCUUUUCUAUCGUCGAUUUUGGAAGAGCACGAGAUGAUGAACGGUCAAGAUCAAAAGCACACAGAUAUGCUUAGCACUUUAAUCUCGCUUAAAGGAACUGAUUUUGACGGUGACGGAGGAAGCCUAACGGAUAUCGAAAUUAAAGCCUUGCUAUUGAACAUGUUUUCGGCUGGAACUGACACGUCAGCAAGUACUGUCGACUGGGCCAUAGCUGAGCUGAUCCGACACCCGGAUAUAAUGACCCGUGCCCAAGAAGAACUUGAUACCGUUGUGGGGCGUGAGAGGCCCAUUAACGAGUCGGACCUUUCUCAGCUUCCUUACCUUCAGGCGGUUGUCAAAGAGAAUUUCAGGCUGCAUCCACCAACACCACUCUCGUUACCACACAUCGCAUCAGAGAGCUGUGAGAUCAACGGCUAUCAUAUCCCGAAAGGAUCGACUCUUUUGACAAAUAUAUGGGCCAUAGCCCGUGACCCGGAUCAAUGGUCCGACCCGUUAUCGUUUCGACCCGAGAGAUUUUUACCCGGUGGAGAAAAAUUCGGCGUCGAUGUGAAAGGAAGCGAUUUCGAGCUUAUACCGUUCGGAGCCGGGAGGAGGAUUUGUGCCGGUCUGAGUUUAGGGUUACGGACGAUUCAGUUACUGACGGCGACGCUGGUUCACGGAUUCGAUUGGGAAUUGGCCGGAGGAAUUACUCCGGAGAAGCUGAAUAUGGAGGAGGCUUAUGGGAUUACUCUGCAAAGAGCGGUUCCUUUAGUGGUGCAUCCUAAGCCAAGGUUGGCCCCGGGUAUUUACGGACUCGGGUCGGGUUAAAUUCAAGUUUGCUUGCCGGACAAUGUAGGUCUUGCACAGAGGAAGUUAAAAUGUUUUUUUCUUUUUUUUUUUUGUUAAAAUGGAAAGUUAAAAGCUUGCCAUAAAAUAAAGUUUCAAAUGGCGUAAUUUGGUCCGGAGUAAGCUUAAUAUAAGAAGGUGUAGCACCAAAUUUUGUAGAUUAAAAGGUUGUGAUUUGUUGUAUACCCUAGAUAAGGCGAUGUUGUCUGCGUCGUCGAUCCGAUUCCGAGGAAGAAGACGAUGGCUCUCGAAACCCAAUCCGCAGACCCGACCCGUGAUUGCUGUAUUUUCCAUACGACGACGUUUCGUCCAUAUAAUAUGAUAAUUUGUCAUUUUGAUCGUGUGUAUUUUUCAUUUUUUACUGUACAGCAUGUUGUAUUAAGAGUGUAAUAAAAACCUUUUCCUUA